CCUUUAUCCCUCCAAUUCAACGUGCCACUAAUUGGUCAUUUGUCUUAUUGAUAUAAACUUGUAACUAUAAAAUAAAAAAAUAAAAAAGAGAACAAAGAGGGCAAACAAGAGAGAAUGCACCAAAGAAGUGCUUAAAUUCUGUUCUAUGCUUUGAAGUGAGAUUAAAUGUAUUUAUAGGAAAACAAAUAAUCAACCUCUAACUAACUAACUAUAUCACUAACCUUUAAAUAAAUGGCACAAACAUCAAUUUCUAAUAAGUAAAAAAUAAAAUAACUUAGCCAUUGAGCCAUCCGUCGGACCAGGACUCCAAAUACGAACACCCCUUAUCCAGGAAAAAAUAGUAGUUAGUAAAAGGCAGAAAUCAACAUGAGGGCAAAAUCCAGUCAGCUAGGAAAAAAUUGACUGAGAACUAUUCUGGACAUCCCUUUUAAAAGAGCAAAAGACUCCUACAUCAUAGGGAAUUUCUUCCAGGCUGGACUCUUCAGAUUGUAAGGAUAUUAUCAAAGAGAAAGCAGAGUCUCACUCAAUAGAUUGCUUCUCCUUGAAUGCAUUUUUAACAGAAGAUGAUAUUAAUGAAAUCAUGCUAUCUUGGGGGGACAUUCGUAACUCCAUCUUGUAUGUCAUCUCAAGUGAGAGGAAGGAUGAUAUAAAACAACUAAUUGAUCAGGGAUGGCCGGUUGUUGUUUUAAAUGUUCAAGGUGACGGUGCAUGUGAAAAUUUGGGAAGGAUUUGUAUUAGCAAGCUAGAAGAGUUGCCUUUGAGUAUCUGUCGCUUAAAUAGGAAGGCAGCUGACUGUAGCCCCAUCGUAGUUGGUUAUACAAUGAAGCCUUCACGUGAACUUGAUUUUGCUAAGAGGGGUGCCUUUCCUCUGUAUCCUACAGACAAUGGGUUGAUUUUCCUGCCCCUGACGUUUGAUCUCCCUUUAUCAUCUCAAUUGCCUGAGGUUGAUAUGAUUCUCCAUAAAGCAACAGAUGAAAUUCUAUAUGUUGAGCUUAGCAACUCUUCAGAUCUCUCUAACAAAAUAACCUACUCCAGUAGAAUGCAAGAAUUGCAAAGGCAUAUUGAAGUCCACCCAGAUUUAUGCGUACUUGACCCACUUAAUAAUAUAAGACCUGUAUUGGAUCGGUUAGAAACUCAACAGAUUCUUCUCAGGCUGGAGGCACUUAAAUCUGAAGGCUGCAUAAUCAGGGGUCCUUAUUUUCUCAAGGUUGAUAAUUUUAACGAGGCCAUCUUGGUGCAAAAGCUAUCUGAAGCUAAACUCACUCUUCCUUGUAUAGUGAAGCCCCAAGUUGCUUGCGGAGUUUCUGAUGCUCACAAAAUGGCAAUCAUUUUUGAUGUUGAAGAUCUCAAGAACUUGGAUGUUCCUCUUCCAGCUAUUAUUCAGGAAUACGUGGAUCAUUCAUCAACUCUCUACAAAUUUUAUGUGCUUGGUGAAAAGAUUUUUCACGCAGUUAAGAAGUCUACACCAAACAUAAGUACAUUGACCAAUUUAAACCAAGGUGUUGGACCAUUAAUCUUUGACAGCUUAAAAUCUCUGCCCAUUGUGAAUGAGAGCCAGCAGCAUUUAGAAGGCAAAAGUUCUGACAAAAAAAACAAGAACAUCAAUAUUGAGCUAGUCCAAAAUUCUGCAAAUUGGCUUCGGAGCGUACUUGAUCUUUCAAUCUUCGGUUUCGAUGUUGUUGUUGAAGACAAGAGUGGCGAUCAUGUAAUUGUGGAUGUAAAUUAUCUGCCUUCUUUCAAGGAAGUUCCUGAUGACAUUGCAAUACCUGCUUUCUGGGAAGCCAUCAAGAACAAGUAUGAAAACUUCAAAAAGGCAAGCCCUUAAGGUGUGUUUCUCUGGAUCUUGUGGAGAAAUUGCAUUUCAAGGUAUUAUGAAUAAGAUGUAACUAGUGUUACCUUGUGGGUUAUUAAUGCUCCGACAGGAUUUGGACAGAAUUGAUUUCAAAUUUGGAGGAUUUUGAAAGAUGAAAAUGGUUUCAUAUUUCUAUUUGUGUUUGGAACCAAAUUCUGGUUAUGUUGCUUUAUAACAUAUAUGGAGAAGAAAGUCAAGAUACUUCUUUUA